AUGCGCCUUUUUCCUGAGCAGCGAAUCAGUGACGCGCUUGUGUUUCGGGUCAUUGGUGCUCGUUUUAUUGGUCGGGAAAAGAUGGAGGGAACGGGCAAGGAUGGCAAUCCUUUGAGGAAUUACCGGAUUGGUAAGACUCUGGGGAUUGGCUCUUUCGGUAAGGUGAAAAUUGCGGAGCAUAUAAGCACUGGACACAAGGUGGCAAUCAAGAUCCUCAACCGUCGUAAAAUCAGAGGCAUGGAGAUGGAAGAGAAAGUUAAAAGAGAGAUUAAGAUAUUGAGGUUAUUUAUGCACCCACAUAUCAUCCGCCUCUAUGAGGUUAUAGACACGGCAGCUGAUAUUUAUGUUGUUAUGGAGUAUGUUAAGUCUGGGGAAUUGUUUGAUUACAUUGUUGAAAAAGGUAGGCUGCAGGAGGGAGAGGCUCGCCGUUUCUUUCAACAGAUUAUAUCCGGUGUUGAAUAUUGCCAUAGAAACAUGGUGGUGCAUCGUGAUCUAAAGCCAGAAAAUCUCCUUUUGGAUUCAAAAUGCAACGUUAAGAUUGCAGAUUUUGGCUUAAGUAAUGUUAUGCGGGAUGGCCAUUUCCUCAAGACAAGUUGUGGUAGCCCAAAUUAUGCUGCUCCUGAGGUGAUAUCUGGUAAAUUAUAUGCUGGGCCUGAGGUUGAUGUAUGGAGCUGUGGGGUUAUUCUUUAUGCUCUUCUAUGUGGUACUUUGCCAUUUGAUGACGAGAACAUUCCAAACCUUUUUAAGAAAAUAAAGGGUGGAAUAUAUACACUUCCUAGCCAUUUGUCAGGUGCAGCAAGGGAUUUGAUUCCAAGAAUGCUGGUUGUUGACCCAAUGAAGCGGAUCACCAUUCGUGAAAUUCGUGAACAUGAUUGGUUCAAAAUUCAUCUCCCACGCUAUUUGACUGUGCCUCCUCCAGAUAGUGCACAACAAGUUAAAAAGAUUGAUGAGGAAACUCUCCGUGAGGUUAUAGGUAUGGGGUAUGACAAGAACCUGUUGGUGGAAUCAAUCCAAAACAGGCUGCAAAAUGAGGCGACUGUUGCUUAUUACUUACUGUUGGACAAUAGGCUUCGUACAACCAGUGGCUAUCUUGGAGCUGAAUGUCAAGAAGCUAUGGACUCCUCAUUUUCAAACAUAGCAUCAUAUGAAACACCAAGUUCAGCACGCGGUAAUCGACAGCAAAUAUUUAUGGAGUCUCCGGUUGGCUUGAGACCGCAUUUUCCAGCUGAGAGGAAAUGGGCUCUUGGGCUUCAGUCGCGAGCACAUCCAAGAGAAAUAAUGACUGAAGUGCUGAAAGCUCUGCAAGAAUUGAAUGUUUACUGGAAAAAGAUUGGUCACUAUAACAUGAAGUGCAGAUGGAGUCCUGGCUUUCCCGGUCAAAUUCAUAACAAUCAUAACUUCAGUGCAGAGUCCAUUGAAACUGAUGGCCAAAGUGAGAAGAUAAAUUUAGUUAAGUUUGAAAUUCAGCUUUACAAAACAAGAGACGAGAAAUACCUCCUCGACUUGCAAAGAGUCAGUGGACCACAGCUCCUCUUUCUGGACUUGUGCGCUGCCUUUCUAGCUCAGCUGAGAGUUCUUUGA